AGGCGCAGAGCCGGCGGAGCGCGGAGCGGGCUACGGUGACGGGCGGCGCGAGCCCGCACCCUCCCGCGCGGCGCGCCGCGACACCAUGGAGCCCGCCGUGUCGCUGGCCGUGUGCGCGCUGCUCUUUCUGCUCUGGGUGCGAGUGAAGGGGUUGGAGUUCGUUCUCAUCCACCAACGCUGGGUGUUUGUGUGCCUCUUCCUGCUACCGCUCUCCCUCAUCUUCGACAUCUACUACUACGUGCGCGCCUGGGUGGUGUUCAAGCUGAGCAGUGCGCCGCGCUUGCACGAGCAGCGCGUGCAGGACAUCCAGAAACAGGUACGGGAGUGGAAGGAGCAGGGCAGUAAGACCUUCAUGUGCACGGGGCGUCCUGGAUGGCUCACUGUCUCACUGCGGGUUGGGAAGUACAAGAAGACGCAUAAGAACAUCAUGAUCAACCUGAUGGACAUUCUGGAGGUGGACACCAAGAAACAGAUUGUGCGAGUGGAGCCCUUGGUGUCUAUGGGUCAGGUGACAGCUUUGCUGAACUCCAUUGGCUGGACUCUGCCUGUGUUGCCUGAACUCGAUGACCUCACAGUGGGGGGCCUGAUCAUGGGCACCGGCAUCGAGUCAUCGUCCCACAAGUAUGGCCUGUUCCAACACAUCUGUACGGCCUACGAGCUAAUCCUGGCAGAUGGCAGCUUUGUGCGCUGCACACCGUCUGAAAACUCAGACCUGUUCUAUGCCGUACCCUGGUCCUGUGGGACCCUGGGCUUCCUGGUGGCUGCCGAGAUCCGCAUCAUCCCUGCCAAGAAGUAUGUCAAACUGCGGUUUGAGCCAGUGCGGGGCCUGGAGGCCAUCUGUGAGAAAUUCACCCAUGAGUCCCAGCGGCUGGAGAACCACUUCGUGGAAGGGUUGCUGUAUUCCUUGGAUGAGGCUGUCAUCAUGACAGGGGUCAUGACGGAUGAUGUAGAGCCCAGCAAGCUGAAUAGCAUUGGCAGUUACUACAAGCCGUGGUUCUUCAAGCAUGUGGAGAACUACCUGAAGACAAACCGAGAGGGCCUUGAAUACAUUCCCCUGAGGCACUACUACCACCGCCACACGCGCAGCAUCUUCUGGGAGCUCCAGGACAUCAUCCCUUUUGGCAACAACCCCAUCUUCCGCUACCUCUUUGGCUGGAUGGUGCCUCCCAAGAUCUCCCUCCUGAAGCUGACCCAGGGCGAGACUCUGCGUAAACUGUAUGAACAGCAUCAUGUGGUACAGGACAUGCUGGUGCCCAUGAAAUGCCUGUCUCAGGCCCUGCAUACCUUCCAAAAUGACAUCCACGUCUACCCCAUCUGGCUGUGCCCGUUCAUCCUGCCCAGCCAGCCAGGACUUGUGCAUCCCAAGGGAGAUGAGGCUGAGCUCUACGUGGACAUCGGGGCAUAUGGGGAGCCACGGGUGAAGCACUUCGAGGCCAGGUCCUGCAUGAGGCAGCUGGAGAAGUUUGUGCGGAGCGUGCACGGGUUCCAGAUGUUAUACGCCGAUUGCUAUAUGAACCGGGAGGAAUUCUGGGAGAUGUUCGAUGGCUCCUUGUACCACAAGCUGCGCAAGCAGCUUGGCUGCCAGGACGCCUUCCCUGAGGUGUAUGACAAGAUCUGCAAGGCUGCGAGGCACUGAGCAGGGCCCCUGGGGAGCCAGCUGCAUGGGAAUGGACUCGCUCUCCCUCGCUCCAACUUCUCUGCUUUCCCAGAUUUCAGAGAGAAACCCCUUCAGAAAUCCCCGAGGUAGCCCGACGGCCUCCAGGGCAGCUCAAGCAAGUGGAAGCACGUGGGAUUUGGAGUCAGACAGAGCUAAGUCCCAGUCCCAGAUUAGCCACUCAUUAGCUGUGUGACUGAGUCUGGGCUAGUCACCUGACCCUGUGUGCCCCGUGUUCAUCUGUGAAAGGAGGUAUAAAUCCCUACCUGCUGGACGUCAUUCACACAAAGGGCCCAUCGUGUGGGAGGGGCUUCGUAAGUGGUAGCCAACACCGCUGCUUCCAUGUAACCUCACACCCGGCUCAUGCUUUGGAUUCAACAGCUGAGUCCAGACAGGUUCCCCACCGGUCACCUGUGCACGGGUUUGGCUGGCACCAUGAAGGGGAUUCCUUGGAGUUUCACCUGCAUAACCUGCAUCAGCCCCAAGAGGGCCUUCCCCUGGGUCUCGGGGAUUGAGGGUCAUCUGAUUGGCAGGCAGGCCCAGGAUGUGCUGUGCCAAAGCCAGGUCUGCUCCAAAGUGCUCUCUGCCAUCUUCGGACCGUCCUGCCCCUACUUGUGUGCUCAGGCCCUCGGGCCACCCCAGCCAUCACUGAGCCCACUCAAGACUGUUCCUGGAAGACAUCUCAAGAUGGGAAGCCUAGCCUUCCUGGGCUUUCCUUUCUUGACUUCCGGCAUCCAGGCCUCCUCUAGAGUCCACUGAGUCACAAUGGGGGCACAUGCUCAUGACUGUGUCACCUAGGGGUGGUUCCCACACUGAGUGAGAAAGGGGCAACCGCCCUGUUGUUACUGUGAGGACCCUCCCUGGGGUUGGAGAGAAAGCAUCCAGGGUCACUCAUCCCCCUCUCCCAUUUCGUUCCCACUCCCCCGGCUCUAGUUAAUUUCAGUGCCUUACAAAUCCUAAGCUCAGAGAAAGUUAGCUCCAUUUCCGUUCCUGAGGGAGGGGCCUCUGAGGUCCUCCUGCCUUGUUAAAGAAGUGUGGUUGGUUGUGCAGCCCCCACCUUCAGAACUGCCUGGCCCAGCUGAGAACCCAGAGUCUGAGGGGGAAUCAAGUUCUGGAAGGAAAGCCAGAACUCAAGCACUGAGCUGGUUGCAGUCUCCCCCACCCCGCCACCCCUGCUCCCCGCUCCAAAAGCUGCAAUUUUCUCACCCGUCAUGUCGGAACAUAAGAGCUCCUGAAACCUUUCUACCAGAUGGCGGUUAGGGACCGUUCAUCAGUAGCCCUUCCCUCCUCCACCAAGCCAGCUCCCAUCCAUGAUUUUCAUCCAUCUGGCAAGGGCCAGAACCCUUAGAGUCAUAGUCGAAGGAUGCUCACUGAUGCUGCUGUGGGGGUGGGGAUCCUGGUCAGUGCUACUGCAGUCCUGUGAAGGCCGGUGCACUCGGGGCAGUUGGAAGGCAGAAGAAUCACCUCAUCCAUUUGACCUGUGAAGGAAGUAACCUCACUUUGCUGUCUGAGCAGCAUGCGUUCCUGGCAUGGGCUCUCCUCGUGGUCCGUGUGCAUCCUUGCGCUCGCAGACCGAUGACCCUGCUUGCUGCAGGUGACUGGUCAGUGCGAGCUAGCUUAGUUAGUGUGGUGUAUAAGGCGCCAUCAUUCCUCCAGUAAGCCUCCAUCCCAAAGCAACUGAGGCUGUGGCAGUGAUGCCAGCAACCUGUGUCACCCAAAAUUAUCCAGCCCUCCACGGGCACUGCCUAGGACCUGGGGAGGGAAGGGACUUUGCAUCACAGUAGCCUCAGGUUCGUGUUUGGCUCUGGUAAUAUCUUGCCUGAAAAGUGGUGGUCUUCCAGGCAUGGUGUACGGGGUCCCAGCCUUGUCUUAAAGCCUGUCCUGUCAUCAUCCAGCCACGCAGUGGCUUGGUGGAGUCACUUUGCUCCUGUGGGACAGUGCGUGUAGGAAGUCAAUGCAAAGCCUCUCCCCUUCAUGGCUCUGGUUUCUUGGCUGCAUGGUUCUCUGUAAAUCCAGUUAUAGCCACUGUCUGGCUAGAAAGCUGAAUUGGCUGAUGCUGAAAGGGAAGAGGGGGAUGGGUGUGGCAGUGUGUGCUGUGUGAUAUUUUUUAAUUUGGUCAUGGGGACCAAGGAGAAGGCAUGAAUUCCCCUUGUCAGGCUCCUGCAGCCUUGGGCACUGUGCCUACUCUCCAGAACACGUCCCUGUGGCUCUGGGGCCACCACUUGUGUAAAAUAAAGUAUGGCCUGGACGAUG